GGGGGUCUCCGGACGCUGCCCUCCUCGCGCCACUCGCGCGCGAAUCUCUGGGCCGCCGCCGUUUCUCCCCUCUCCUGGCAGUCGCGGUACCCACCCGGAGUCGCCAUGCCAUCGGUCGUGCGAGCCGCAAAGCGCGCGCUGCGGAGCGAAGUGAAGGCCGCGCUGAGGGCGAUGGCGCCCGAGGAGCGUGGACGGCAGCAGCUGGAGCUCACGAGGCGGGUUAUCUCUCACCCACGAUUCCUGGCGGCGCGUCGCAUCGGCAUCUAUCUGAGCCUGCCGGAAGAGCCCGACACUUCGGCCAUCCUGGAAUCGGCGUUUCUCCGCGGGAUGGCUUGCUUCGUGCCCCGUUACGCCCAUGGGGCCCCCGCAGGCCGGGCUGGAUCGCCUGCAUCACCAGACUCCUCAAAAUCACCGGCAGCAGCAGCACCGCCACCGGACAUGGAGCUGUUGCGAGUGGCGUCCAUGGAGGACGUGCUUUCUCUUCCGCUGACCCCAUGGAGAAUCCCGCAGCCCGCGAUGGAUGAUGAUUCCCGGGAAGAUGCAAUCCAGGGCGGAGGGCUGGACCUUUUGAUCGUCCCGGGCCUCGCGUUCUCCCGUGAUGGCCGUCGUCUCGGCAGGGGGAAAGGAUUCUACGACCGCUUCCUGUGCCGCCUGCGCUCCGCCGCGCGGGGGAGCGCGCUGGCACCUCACCCAUACACCCUCGCCGUCGCCUUCUCCGUGCAGAUCCACGAGGACAUCCCUACGGAGCACGUGGACGAGCUCAUCAACGAGGUCCUCACGGUGUGAGGGCCGCGGCCAGGGAGACUGGAUGAAGCUUCUCCUUUAGCCAAGACCCAUAACCUGCAGCAUCAAUAUUCACGACGUGAUUAUUACUACGACUGUCAAUUCCCAUCACUUUUGAACCGCUUUGCCUUGUUAAUGCAUCGCAAAAAAGGUGGCAAGCGUUAAUACGUUCGCGCCGUCCAAGUGUCUGUAAUAGGGAUCACGAAAACUCUCGCGAUAGAUAACUUCAUGUAAAUGAAACUAUAGUUGUUGCUUACCCCAUAAAUAAAUUGCCAUUUUGAUCAAAGAUUGCCCAAAACUUGAAAAUAACAAUCGGGUGCUAGGCAUAUCAACAUUUUUGUCCAAGGCGAUGACAUGCAUCAUGCGAGCACUGCAACUCCCCCUCCUCUCCAGGUGAUAUCAGGAGGCGUGAUGUCAUUACCAUAUCAUGCUUCAUGUGACAACCCAUGUGACUUGAAAUGUAUUAUCCUGAUUGCUCAUUAAAUACUUCCUAGGCCAAACGAAUGGAAAGUU